GGGAGGUUCGCGGGGCCGUGAGCCGCCGCUGUGCCCGGCCCCGGCAGCCCGGGCUCCUCCGCUCCCGCUGCCUCCGGGAUGGGGUCCCCGCGCUGGAACCGCCUCUGCCUUUUGCUCCUGGCGGGUUUAACAUCCUCCCUACUCCUCUACGGCCACUACUACGCGACGGUGGGGUCGCCGGGCAGCCGGAGGAUCAUAGGCAGCCUGCUGCAGCCGGAGCCGCUGGUCCUGGCCCCGCGGGGGACAUCGGGCCGAGCCGGUAGCCACAGAUGGGCCCGUGAAGGUGGCUCUGAGAGUGGGAAGUCCUUUGAGCCUUCCACCGUGCUGGAGGAGCCCAAGCCCAGCAGAAAGCAGCCCAGCACAUGUCUCCACUCGGUGAUGUCCAGAGCAAAAGCAGACCCCAAAUUUAGGGAGCUCUUCCGCUUUGACACCCCGGUGCUGAUGUGGGACCAGCACUUCACCCCAGAGACCUGGGACAGGCUGAAGACCCGCCACGUCCCCUACGGCUGGCAAGGCCUGCCCCAGGCAGCCGUGGCCGACACCCUCCGGCUCCUCAACACCUCGGCCAACAGGCGGCUCUUGGACCGGGCGGCGCUGGGCGGGGGCUGCGUGCGCUGUGCCGUGGUGGGCAACGGCGGCAUCCUCAACGGCUCGCGGCAGGGCCGCGCCAUCGACGCGCACCACCUCGUGUUCAGGCUCAACGGCGCCGUCAUCAAAGGCUUCGAGGAGGACGUUGGGACCAAGAUCUCCUUCUACGGCUUCACGGUGAACACCAUGAAGAACUCCCUCGUCGCCUACGAGGAGUAUGGCUUCACCCGCGUGCCCCAGGGCAAGGACCUGAGGUACAUCUUCAUCCCCUCUGAUAUCCGUGACUACCUCAUGCUGCGCUCGGCCAUCCAGGGCAGCCCAGUCCCCGAGGGCUCAGACAAGGGAGACAGACCACAGAAGUAUUUUGGUCCAGAGGCAUCUGCAGAGAAGUUCAAGCUGCUGCACCCAGAUUUCUUGCAGUACCUGAUGACGAGGUUCCUGCACUCAGAGGUGCUGCGCACGCAGUUCGCCUCCCUCUACAUGCCCAGCACCGGCGCGCUGCUGCUGCUGACCGCGCUGCACGCCUGCGACCAGGUCAGUGCCUACGGCUUCAUCACGGCCAACUACGAGCAGUUCUCAGACCACUACUACGAGCCGGAGAAGAAGCCGCUGGUGUUUUAUGCCAACCACGACAUGCUGCUGGAGGCAGCGCUGUGGAGGAGCCUGCACCGGGCAGGGAUCAUCACGCUCUACCAGCGGUGA